ACCAAACCGCCCACAAAAAUCCCACAAACGAUACCAAAAGCAUCGCCAAAUACACCACAUUCUUCCCAAAACAAUCCACAGGAAAAAAAGACAAUCAACCAAAGCACUUAAAAAUCAAACCACAAAACUUCUUAAACGCACCAAAACACCUCCAAUGCACACCAUUAAAACCUAAAUCGUUACAUUUCGCAAUCUGUUUGUAAAAAAAAUUAUACACUGUAAUCCAAACCAUAAAUGUUAUAAAAGCAUCAUGAAUAACUACACUGCAAACCACUUUUCACUUUUCUAGUAAAUAUCAUCGCAAAAUGAAAUGAUCAAGUGCUCAUUUCUUUCAUCAUUGCUUACAAGUGUGAAAUCAAACAGAUCCAAGUCAGACUACACUAGUUUGGGGUUGGCAUUCAAAACCAUUGAGGAAAUAAAACAAUUCUACAAGAACUAUGCUCACGAUCUUGUCUUCGGCGUGAGGGACAUGGGAGCUGUCAAACGUUUUACAAAACGCCAGCCAACCAAAACAACACGAUAUGCUACGUAUUGCUGCAACAAAGAAGGAUACAAGACGACAAGCAAGUCAAAUCCCAAGAAUAAAGGAUCAAUCGAUGUCAAGGCUUAUCAACGUGCUGUACCAGAAACUAGAGUUGGCUGCCUAGCUAUAAUCAAAUUCAGAUUUGAUAUCAAGAAGGAUGAAUGGUUGCUGGACAAGUGGAUAACAUAACACAACCAUGAUCUCCUCCCUCCAAAAUUCAAACACCUGUUGAGAUCAAACAAGGGGAUCUCAGAAAUGCAUGCAAUGGUCGCACAAGUGCAUGCAGAUUGUGGAGUUUCACUACGAAAAUCAUAUGAGUUGUUCGCCACAACUUCCGGGGGAGGGUGAAUGUACCUUUUACCCCUCAUGAUCUGAAGAACUAUAUCACAGGGACAAGGCAUAAAUCAAUGAAACCAGGCGAAGCAACUAUACUUCUUGAACAUUUUCGCCAGGAAGCUUACAAGAAUCCAUCAUUCUUCUAUGAAAUUGAGGUAGAUAGUAACGAAGAUAUUUCAAGUAUAUUCUAGGAUGAUGCAAGAAUGCAGUUCGACUACAGUUGCUUUGGAUAUACGAUGAGUUUCGACACCACAUACAAGACAAACCAGAAUUAUCGUCCACUAGGUCCGUAUUCCUUGCACUAGUUAAUUUUCUUGAGAUUUCGAAGUUGAAUGCAUACCAAACAUUACGCAAUGCAUACCAUAAGUAACAUAAAACUACCCCAAAAACUCUUAAAACAAACGACAAAAAAAACAUGAAACACUCUUUUUCAGAAUACUAACCAGAAACCUCCUAAACCACACUAAACACGUCAUGAAACACGCCAUGUAUAUCAUAAAAGACAGUCUGUAUUUGUUUCAAGGGUAAUGUCUAUUUUUUAUCCAAACCUUUUUCAGAUUCUUUUAUAUUGUCCAAACUUAUCGAAAUACUAAGAAUUAGCCAAAUGAUAACUUUCAGUUAGCAAUUUUGUUAGUAAUAUUGACUUGGCAACAUGAUACUGACUUGGAAGAGGCACAUGUAAGUCAACAAUGCAAAAUUUUAGUAUUUUAACUAAGAAAAGAGUCACAAAAUUAUUAAAGAUUACGUAAAAAUGGAUAAUAUUUUGAUGCAUUAUGAAAGAUUUGGCUAAUUCAUAGAAUUUUAAUAUAUUUGGAUAAUAUAAAAGAAUCUGGAAAAAGUUUGGAAAAAAAACAUUGACAUUACCCUUGUUUCAAUACUUAAUUCUAUGUUGUUCUUUUUUCGAAGUUGAAUGCAUACCAAACAUUACGCAAUGCAUAGCAUAAGUAACAUAAAACCACACCAAAAACUCUUAAAACAAAUGACAGAAAAAAAAACAUGAAACAUUCUUUUUAAGAAUCCUAACCAGAAACCUCCUAAAGCACACUAAACACGUCCUGAAACACACCACCAUAUAUAUCAUAAAAGACAAUCUGUGUUUGAUUCAAUAUUUAAUUCUAUGUUGUUCUUUUUUUUAUUUUUAAAUUACAGCUUUGUUUGUUGGCUGCAACCACCAUCGCGCACUGUGCAUCUUCUGGACUGCUCUCCUAUAUGAUGAAACAACCGCUACAUUCAAGUGGUUGUUUGAUGCAUUCUUGAAAUGUAUGUCAGGCACCUGACCAACAUAAAUAUUCACCGACCAAGCUGCUGCAAUCGCCACUGGAAUUAGAUCCGUCAUUCCCGAAGCAUUCCAUGGCUUGUGUACUUUUCAUAUCAAGAAGAAUGGAAUGAAGCAUCUCGACACCACAAACACAAACAUUCUAGAAGAUCUAAAAUAUGUCACUUUUGGAGUAGAAAACGACGAAGAAUUUGAGUACAAUUGGUUAAGGUUGCUAGACACAUAUUAUCCAGAAGAAGGCACCAAUCCAAGAAAUUGGUUGGAUUCAA